AUGAUGAACGAGAGAAGGAGGGAAGAGAUACAAGAAAGAAGACAGGAAAGGUCCAAGGAGAUAGAAGAAAGGCGGAACACACCAGAAGAAACCAGAAAGGACGAAGAAAGUAUAAAGGAGGUAGAUGAGGAAAAUAUUAGAGGAAACAGAAUAAGGGAAGUCGAGGGACAAGAGAAAAGAUAUAUAGGAGAAGAGGAAAGAAACGACGGGGAGAAUGAAGAGACGUGGAAAGUGGCCUUUUGGAACGUAGCUGGUUUAACAAACAAGGAUAAGGACUUCUGGGAAGGGAUAAAAGAAUGGGAUGUGAUUGUGAUGAUGGAGACUUGGACUGAUGAGAAAGGAUGGGAGAAGGUGAAGGAGAAGCUACCGAGAGAAUAUAGAUGGAGAGUACAGAUAGCAGCCAGGAGGAACAAGAAAGGCAGAGCGUGCGGAGGCAUGUUGCUAGGAAUAAGGAAAAGCAUAGAAGAGAUAAAGGAAAGAAGGGAGACGGAGGAAGAAGGAAAAAUCGAAGGUAAGAUAAGAAUAGGAGAGGAAGUAUGGAGAAUAAUAGGAAUCUAUGUAAACAACAAUAUAGACAAAAAACUAGAAGGUCUGAAGGAAAGGACGGAGGAGGGGGAAAAAGGAGUAAGGACCAUAAUAGGAGGUGACUUUAACGCGAGAACGGGAGAGGAAGGAGGAUGGGAAGAGGAAAUCGAGCGAAGAGAGGAAAGAGGGAGGAAGUCUAAAGAUAAGAAGAUAAAUAAAGAAGGCAGAAAGUUACUGGAGUUUAUCGAGGAGAGAGGAUAUAUGAUAUUAAAUGGAGGCACAAAGGGGGACGAGGAGGGAGAAUAUUCAUACACAGGGGGAAGAGGUGAGACAGUCAUAGAUUACAUAAUAGGGGACGAGGAGGUUAGAGAAAAGGUGGAAAGACUGGAAGUAGGAGAAAGGAUAGAUUCGGACCAUCAUCCAUUAAUACUAUGGGUGAGGGGAAGCUCAAAGAGAAGGCAAAGGAGGAGAGGAACUGAAAAAAUGAAAAGAAGGGGAGUAUGGAAUGAGGAAGGAAAGACGCAAUUUAAGGAGAAGUUAGGCGCGAUUGAAGGAAAAAGAGACCUGCAAGAGGAAAUAGAGGAAGGGACAAGGAAGAUAAGAAGGGUGAUUGAGGAGAACGAGGACAAGAAUGAAGGAAUGACUAUCAAGAACAAAAGAGGGUGGUGGGACGAGGAAUGUACGGAGAGCAAGAGAGAAGUGAGGAAAGAACUAAGGAAAUGGAGAAAAGGGAAAGGAGAAGCAGAAAGAUACAGAAAAAAAGGAAAGAAUAUAGGGAAAUGUGUGAUAGAAAGAAGAAGGAAGAGAAAGAAAGAAUGA